GCUGCAGCUGAGAUUAUGGAGAAACAAGGCGCAUCGCUGGUCGAUCGUCCUCGUUUCAUUGCUGCUGGAGAGUUGCUUAGCGGGGGAAUGGCUAUUCCCUUUGUUCCCGCUGGCGAGAGGUUUCGUCGGCUGCGCAGGCUCGUCGUUUGCUAUAAUCCAAAAGCAGCUGAAGCAUAUCAACCGCUCCAGAUCUCAUACGCAAAG